CGCACUGGUUGGGGGCGGGGCCGGCACAUCCACAUCCGGGAGUCUGGUUGCCUGUGGCUGUUUUGUUUUCUUGCAGAACUGGAGUUAAAGUGAGACAACCAAAAGCUCCGCGACUCCGGGCUCCGGACUUGAGCUGACCUGAGAAGAUGUCUGGAUUUCUAGAAGGCGGGCGGUGCUCGGAAUGCAUGGACUGGGGAGAGAAGCGAAACACUAUCGCCUCCAUCGCAGCAGGCGCUCUAUUUUUCACAGGAUGGUGGAUCAUCAUCGAUGCAGCUGUCAUGUACCCCACCAUGAGUGACUUCAACCACUCAUACCAUGCCUGCGGCGUCAUAGCAACCAUAGCCUUCCUCAUGAUCAACGCAGUAUCGAAUGGACAAGUGCGAGGUGACAGCUACAGUGAAGGCUGCCUGGGCCAGACAGGUGCUCGCAUCUGGCUCCUCAUCGGCUUCAUGCUGGCUUUCGGAUCCCUGAUAGCGUCCAUGUGGAUUCUCUUUGGAGGUUAUGUUGCCAAGGAAAAGCCCAUAGUAUAUCCUGGAAUUGCUGUGUUUUUCCAGAAUGCCUUCAUCUUUUUUGGAGGGCUGGUGUUUAAGUUCGGUCGCACGGAGGACUUAUGGCAGUGAAGAUGCCUGCCUCUGCAGCACAGCCACCUGCAUGGGAUUUUUUUCCCUCACUGCUCACUCAGUCUUUUGUAAUACUGUUUUCUAAACUGAUUUCUGAGGAUAAUGUCAGCUUGAAAUUGUAUAAUG